UAAGGUACGUCAGUGAGGUAGCAAAAGCGCACCUGUUUUUUGGCUCCUUCAGUUCUUUUUCCUGAUUCUUCUUGGAGGAAAAUCUAAAACGGUGGAAAAUGAGCAUCACAGAUGUCCUCAGUGCUGACGACAUUGCAGCAGCCCUGCAGGAGUGCCAAGAUCCAGAUACCUUUGAACCCCAGAAAUUCUUCCAGACAUCGGGCCUCUCUAAGAUGUCGGCCAGUCAGGUGAAGGAUGUUUUUCGUUUCAUAGACAACGACCAGAGUGGGUACCUGGAUGAAGAAGAGCUGAAGUUUUUCCUCCAGAAGUUUGAGAGUGGUGCUAGAGAACUGACCGAGUCAGAAACCAAGUCCUUGAUGGCAGCUGCAGACAAUGACGGAGACGGGAAGAUCGGGGCUGAUGAAUUCCAGGAAAUGGUACAUUCUUAAAGGGCCCAGACUGUGGAGCUAGAAUCAGCCGGAAGGCCUCCAAAGCCCCCGGAAUUGGGACACCCCACCUCCUCCCCCUAAUUUAUUAAUUUCCCCCAAAAUGCUUCUACAGUUUGUCCGUUGCGUUAGUGAGGUUAUCCGUGUUAGACAGUCAUCCGUGACUUUUUGGUGGUGGGUGUGCCCUAAUGACUCCUGUAAGGCCAGACAAAAAUGCCUUUUAAAAAAAGUCACCCAAUAAAGACACCUUUCUCAUCA